GCUCCGCGGGGCGGGGCCGACCAAUGGGCGGGCGCGUUGUUGUUGUCGGGCCGGCCGUUGUUUGGGUCCCGAGCGGGGCCGGGCUCCGGGGAGCAGAGAGGGGCGGACAGCGGGGCCCGGCAGGUGGAGGUUGGCCAGCUUGAACAAUGAAUCGUACUUAGAAGCGUAAAAAGCAGGAGGGAGGAGGAUCCACUAGCAAAACAUCUGUAUUUGGAAGCGUGUUUCAUCCAGCAGCUCAGGGACAGCCCCGCAGCAGCCUUGGUGCAGACAAGAGGAUGAAAUCGCACUCUCAGGGGAGGGCUAAACAUGGAGAUACGCUGCGGCGGCCUCUUGUUCAGUUCCAAGUUUGACUCAGGGAACCUGGCUCAUGUGGAGAAGGUGGAACACCAGGAAGGAGAAGGGGACGUAGCUGGGAACAGCAGCAGCAGCAGCAGCACGGUGUCGGCUGUGUUUGGCAGCUCCCUGCCCACGGCUGACUAUGAAUUCAAUGUGUGGACCAAACCCGACUGUGCUGAAACGGAGUAUGAAAACGGGAACAGAUCCUGGUUUUAUUUCAGUGUGAAGGGAGGAGCUCCAGGCAAGCUGAUCAAAAUCAACAUUGUGAACAUGAACAAGCAGAGCAAACUCUAUUCCCAAGGCAUGUCUCCUUUCGUUAGGACCCUGCCUAUCAGGCCCCGCUGGGAGCGGAUCCGGGAGCGGCCCACCUUCGAGAUGAUGGAGACCCAGUUUGUGCUGUCCUUUGUGCACCGCUUCCUGGAGUACCGUGGCGCCACCACCUACUUUGCCUUCUGUUACCCCUUCUCAUACACGGAGUGCCAGGAGAUGCUGGCACAGCUGGACAGCCGCUUUGAGGAGUGUAAAUACAUGUCACCCAGCAGUCCCCUCGACGCCAUCUAUUACCAUCGAGAGCUGCUGUGCCGUUCCCUGGACAAUCUGCGCGUGGACUUGAUUACUGUCACCUCGUGCCACGGUAUGAGGGAGGAACACGAGCCUAGGCUGGACAACCUGUUCCCUGACGAAGCCAUUCCUCGGCCGCGUUGUUUUGCAGGGAAGAGGGUCUUCUUCCUGAGCAGCAGAGUUCACCCAGGGGAAACCCCCUCCAGCUUUGUCUUCAAUGGCUUCCUGGAGUUCAUCCUGCGGGAGGAUGAUCCCCGAGCCCAGAUGCUGCGGCGCAUGUUCGUCUUCAAGCUCAUCCCCAUGCUGAACCCAGAUGGCGUGGUGCGAGGCCAUUACCGAACCGACGCCCGGGGGGUGAACCUGAACCGCCAGUAUCUGAGCCCUGAUGCAGAGCUGCACCCUGCUGUCUACGGAGCCAAAGCCGUGCUCCUUUACCAUCAUGUCCACAGCCGGGGCGCACCUGGCGCUCCCGACUGGAGGGCACACGCCUCCCCACUCACCUCCAGCUCGCUAAGCACAAAAUCUUCCAACCAUUCCAUCCGCAACUGCACCCUGGCCCCGGAGGCUCCUCUGUCGGAGCUGGAGAAAGCCAACAACCUCCUCAACCACCCCAGCAGCCAGGACGCCAGCACCCAUCUCACGCUUUCUCAGGACUCCCAGCCGCUGGAAGCACCUGCUGCCGAGCUGGUGAACAAGGACCAAACUAUGUGGAUCCUGCCUUCAGAGCCCACCGGGGAGCACUGUGAAAGGGAAGCCGAGAGACCCCCGUCAGUGGCCCCCCUGGAAGCUGUCCUGCCCCAGGAGAGCGGGUUGGCAUACUACGUGGAUCUGCAUGGGCACGCCUCCAAGCGCGGCUGCUUCAUGUACGGCAACAGCUUCAGCGAGGAGAACGCCCAGGUGGAAAAUAUGCUGUUCCCCAAACUCAUCUCCUUGAACUCAGCUCACUUUGACUUCAUGGGAUGUAACUUCUCGGAGAAGAACAUGUAUGCCAGAGACAAGCGGGAUGGGCAGUCGAAAGAGGGCAGUGGGCGAGUGGCUAUCUACAAGGCCUCGGGCAUCAUUCACAGCUACACGCUGGAGUGCAACUAUAACACCGGGCGUUCGGUGAACAGCAUCCCUAUGGCCUGCCAUGACAAUGGGCGGGCAAGCCCUCCGCCCCCUCAGACCUUCCCCACAAAGUACACCGUGGAGCUGUAUGAGCAGGUUGGGAGGGCGGUGGCCAUCGCAGCGCUGGACAUGGCGGAGUGUAACCCCUGGUCCCGGCUCGUCCUGUCUGAGCACAGCAGCCUCAGCAACCUGCGAGCCUGGAUGCUGAAGCACGUGCGCAAUCUGAAGGGCAUAGCUGCGUUCUCCCGCAAGAAAGUCUCCAACGGGCUGCCCGCCUUGAGCUCCGAGAAUGCCCUCUCCCGGGCCAGGAGCUACAGCCAUGGCACAAGUGGGAGCAGCGGCAGCCAGCACAACUCGCCCCAGAUCAAAGCCGCGCCCAGCUUCACCUUCAGCUGUAACAGGGCUGGUGGCCCCGCAGGCGGGAGUCAGAGCCCUCAGAAAGGCAGCCCGCGGGUCCUGGCACCAGUGAGAGAGCCCUGCGUGCAGGACAAGCGGCGCCACCAGCACCUGACUCUGCUGCGAGCAGCAGCCAACAGCAUCCAGCCGCCAGCACCUCUCCCUCCCUGUGCCAGGCGCCUGUCCCAGCCUGCGCCACCCGCCAGCCUGCGCCCCUGCUCCCUGCCAGCCUCCCUCCUCACGUCAGGGACCUCGCCCACGGACACUAAGGCCGGGGCUCUGGUGGUUACCAGCCGUGGACUUCAGGCAGCAGAUCACGGCCGGGAAGAGCCGAAGCCCCCCUAUGGCAUGGCGCUGGUGCAGAACCUUCCGAAGAGGCUGAGCACCAGGAAAGUCCUAGAACCACCCAGCCUGCGGCCCAGCAGAAUCCCCAUCCGCAAGAAGGCAGCAGCAUGCGCCCCGAGUUUGCUGGGGCUCGACAGCGAGAGCACCUCAGCCCUCAAGGUCUGGAAAUACACCCACGCUGGAGCCCUGGCCCAAAGGUCUCUGCCAGCAUUCCCAGAGGACACUGCAUCACUCAGCAUGGGGAUGCAGACAACAGAGCCGCUCUUCAUCUGCGACGAGCCCGAGGGCCUGCUCAGCGAGCAUCUGCCAAGCCGGGCCCCAGACUCGCCCCCGCUCAGCUCGUACCACAAGAUCCUGUCCUUCUGCACUGAAGCCUGAGCGCAGCCACCAGCUCCAGCUGCCACCUCUGCCCUCGCAUCCGUCUCGAGCUGGGUGCAGCACCUGCCCCCGUGCUGCCCUGCUGCCGGGGAAGUGGGGCAGAGUCCAGCCGCCCCUUGCAAAGCUGUGUGAUGGAGGGUGAAUCUCCACCCAGCCCUGUUCACCCUGCAGGCUCCCUGCGCCCAGCAUCUCCCUGCCUGGGCUCUAGCUGAGCUCUGGCCUGUAAGCACGGAGCUGCCCUGCUGAGCAGCCAGGGCUCUGCACAGCCCAUGGCCUAAGCAGAGCGGGACCCUGCUGGGCUCUCCAGCUAGUCCCAGAGCCCUGUGCAGUUCCCUCCACUUCCCUGCUAACCUGCAGCCAUGGCCAUGUGGAGGGCACUGGGUGCAGCCAGCUGACUGGUUUAGGUCACAAGCUUGGGGGCACCAACAGCAGCCAGAGUGCCAGGGGCUGGGGGUGAUGCCCAGGGAGCAGCUGCAGACAUCAUCACUCUGUGCCCCUCCCUGGGCAGUGGAGGGGGUUGGGCAGGGCUAGGCCCUGGGUCAGGCUGCUGCACUAGCCCCCGUGCUGAGGUGCAGAAGAAUCAACCCAGGGGCAAAGGGCUUUCUAGCAGGGGGCCAGCUGGUGCCAGGGAGGCCCAGUGGGCAUGGCUCCUACUCCCCUUCCACAAAGCCAAAGCUCCCAUGGUGUGUCUCAGAACCCGGCCCGUGGGCAGCUCCCUGUGCCACAGUGAGGCCUAGGGGGAGCUGGCCUGCUGGGGUGAAGCACAGUUAGUUGGGGUGUUGUCUCCCCACAGUAGCUGUCCUGCUUCAGGGAUUGGCCCCUGCCCCACACCCAGCAGGGCUGUGGAGGCAACUUGAGGGAGGGUCUGUGGGCAUCUCCUUGGGCAAAGCACGGUGCCAGCAGAACCUCAGUGGGCUCCAGGGUCCCAGGCCGGGUAUCUCCAGUCAGGGCUCUCCCCGGUGCACCCCACGGGAACAGCUUGUAAGCUGGGCAGACUCUUGCAAAGGCUGCUUCAUGAGCAGAACCAAAUCAGGCCCUGGAGCUGCAGGUCAGCUCCCAUCCCUGGGUGCCUGGGCCCCAGGCUAGCGGCUUUGGCCAGCCCCUCCAUGUUAACCACAACUCUGUGUGGGCAGGGUCAGGGCUGGGGAGCCCUGCAGCCACCCACCAAGGCAGAGCCAUUCUGCGGCUGCAGCCGUUGGCCACCUCCCACUCAGCUGAGCGGCUGCAGAGUUGUUCAUGGGUUCGAAGCUAUUUUUAUGAGAUAGGGUUUGUCUUGUAACGUGUUUCUAUUAAAGUUUGUUUGGAAGAAA